AUGACAAGUACUGAAAGGUUCUACUUCAAAAAGGACUACGAGAAGUUCAAAUUGCGUUUCACACUGUUCAAUCUGUUCCCGUUGGCGAUUGCCUUCAUAUUUCCAUCGAGACCGAUGGACUCCAUUUGUCACUUUUUGAUGGUUUGGUACUACUGCACACUCACCAUUCGAGAGAGCAUUCUUAUCCUCAACGGAUCCAAGUUAGGAUCGUGGUGGGUGGCUCAUCACUAUCUUGCCUGUGUAAUCGGUGGUGUGGCGCUUACAUGGCCAGAUGAUGCUUCUUACCAGAUGUUCCACACUCAGUUUCUGCUCUUCGCCGUCUAUAUCUGUCUUCUACAGCAGCUACAGUACCAGUAUCAAAGUGGUUGUCUCCGUCGACUGCAUUCAUUGGGACACGGUGACUCAAUGGAUGUAACAUUAGAAGGAUUCGCCACAUGGAUGUUUCACGGUCUCACAUUCCUUUUACCUUUCCUGGCUGUAAUGUAUAUGCUCGAACUCUUCAACUCUUACACUUUAUAUUGCAUCUGGAGGGAUCAGGGAAGCGUUUGGCAGGUUGGUAAAGUUUCUCUUCUCAUAGGAUAUUAA